UUCAUUCCAGAUCGUUCUUUGUCCGAGGUUGCCUGUCACAUGACCAAACUAGUUUCAGCAAGUACUAAGACCAAAACACGAUGCAAGAUACCAACAUACCAACAUUGGAACAAACAAACCAGGAUGAAAAUGAACCGAAAUAUCUUGACAGCCAUGGAGAAACUUGCCUCGCAGCUACUUCGGCGCCAAUUCCAACAGCAGUGUCUGCGAGCAUUCCAGAUCGGCUCCUUCAGGUGGAAGCUGAACUUUGUCGCAAUCUGAAGACAAUCGAGUUCACUGAUCCUGUGGAUUAUGUAUAUAGUCCAUUAGAUUAUGCAUCUGAUACCCAUGCUAAGUAUGUUCACAGAUUUUGUAAUUCUCAGAAGAAUGUGCUUUUUUUAGGAAUGAAUCCUGGACCUUUUGGCAUGGCACAGAACGGAGUACCAUUUGGAGAAUGUGAUACUGUCCGGAAUUGGUUGAAGAUUGAUGGUAUCGUAGGGAAACCACAAAGAGAGCAUCCAAAGCGUCCAGUCCUGGGACUGGAAUGUCCGAGAAAUGAAGUCAGUGGUAAACGGUUUUGGGGACUCUUCAAAUUUCUUUGUGGGACCCCAGAAGUAUUCUUCAAAGACUGUUAUGUAUACAACUUCUGCCCACUUCAGUUCAUGAAGACUUCGGCCAGAAACGUCUCACCGGGCAAACUAAAAAUCACAGAACGCAAACAGCUAAUAGCAGCAUGCAACCAUGCUUUCCUGCAGGUAGUACAGUUGUUACAGGUGAAGCUCGUUAUCGGUGUAGGCAACUUUGCCAGCGAGAACGCAUCAAAAGCGGUCAAAGGCUUACAGCAGGACCUUUUCUCCCAGCUUCGUAUUGAGACCCUCAUGCAUCCGAGUCCAGCUAACCCGUCUGCCAACAAGAACUGGCCAAGUUAUGCAGUGAAUAGAUUGAAAGAAAUUGGUAUUAUGAGUUACACAGACUGGAAAAUAUCCGAUGGCCAAAGGCAGCAGCAGCAACAACAUCAACAACAACAACAGAAACAACAACAGCACGAAACACCAAAGGCUGCGACACCACCACGACGAACGACACCACCUCCAACAACAACCACCAAACCAACAUCAACCCCAGCACCAAGAAAAACGACAACAAAAAAACAAGGAGAAACACCAACACCGUCAUCAUCACCAAUGGACACAGCAACACCACUGCUACCAGCAGAACCAACAGAAAUCUUUCGCCCUGCUGAUGAAGCGGACCCGACAGCCAUCCCCUUUCCGGAUCAGGACAGCUCAGAUUGUGUGAGCACUGAUACCGAGAAAGGGGAAUGACACACAGUGCCUCCAAAUUAGAAAAGGAGGAAAAAACAAAAGGACACACAGGGGAAGCACGAACAAAUAGUGCUUCCCAACAUCAAGAAGAAGAACAACAACAACAACACUUUCGACACCACUACUGCCACUGCCACACACACCAACACCAACAGACAUGAUUACAGCAAUAAACACAAAAAAUGAAAAACUAGUUACAUAUCUAAAAGACAAUACAAGUACACAAAUUGAAGAUUUCAUUAUACCAACACACAACACACCAACACACAACACACCAACACACAACACAUUCUCACAAUAAAAAUCAAUCAAAAAACAUAUAGUGAAAUAAAACAAAUAUUCCCUAACGAUGUCGGAUCGCUAGGGAAAAGUUUCUCAAAGAAACUUUAUAAAAAUAUAAUUGAAGCACUCGUGCAAAAGCACAGAGGAGCCACCCCCACCACCAACAACAGUAAGUAGAGCCUUUUUCUCCUUUUAUUUUUCUUUCCACCUUUGAAACAUGGCAAAACUUAGAAUC